GUAAUGGCAUGCCAUUUUGGCAACUUUACUAUAGUAAACGUACGCGUUUUUAUAGCAGCGAAAUGAAUAAUAUAUUUCUGCAUGUUACUCCACCGCUUUUGUAGUCAUCCCUUUUGCCAUAAAAAAUUAUGACAUGAUUUGAAGAAAAUUCAUAAUUUAGCGCGUUAUCGGCUCCAUUUGAAAACAAUCGUUAUCUUUGCCAUCAUUAAAAAAAAGAUUUUCUCUUAAUGACGAUUGUCUUUGAUAAAAAUAAAAGUCGCAAAAAACUCUUAAUUAAUCGGAGAUAGAAAAAAAUUAUUGAAACUAUGUUUUGAUAAGGUGGAAAAAUCAGGUAACUAACAGGGGUCUCGAAUGCCCCCAACAUCGCUAUAAGGCUUUUCGAGACCAUCUAUCAGUAAUUAUCUUCGAUGUAAUUUUCACCUAUAAACCACGAAUCAGAGAUAAACAAUCACUCAAUCAGCGAUAAAAUUUGGAAUUUAAGUUUUAAUCAGUACAAUUGUCAUAUUUGUCGCCUCUAAACCGACGCCACGACUCCUCUUGAAUUAAAAAUAAAAUGUACUGUCUCGACAAUGAAAAUAUACAAAUCUGACGGCUCCUGCAUCAACCGCCCGACGGACACAGCCUUUGGAUGGCCCCUGAAAGACGUAAUUAUUGACGAAAGUGUCCCCUUUUACGCAGAACAAAACCGGAAAUUGUUUGAGAGGGGACCAAGCCGUGUAAAACUGUGUGCGAAUUGUGUGGAAACUGCACCGAUAACAAGUGUCAUAGACUUCAAAUUAGGCGAUAAUUUGGAGGAAAUAACGAGAGAAAGGCCCCUCCAAGCGCGAGUUUGCAGUCUGAUCAACCCUUGCACAAUCGAGAGCAAAGCCCUGCUCUCGGUUGUCCACUAUGCCAUGUACAAGAAUUUCGAUCGAAACAUGAUUAAUUUGGAGCACUUUAAAAACGGAACCAGACUCCCGUUCUGUCAAGACUUGGAACGCGUUAUCCACGACGAAAUCCAGACUUUUAGCCGCGAUAAAAAUAACGUGUUGUCUCUGAUGAUGGAUUUGAUUUUGAGCGAAAAUAAAUGCGAUCGCGACGAACUAGGUGCUGAUAAUUCCCAGUUUGAGAGCACGGACGUCGUUGACGCUUUAUUUCAACAUAAACAGUUCGGUUGUUGUAAAUCGGGAGGGAAAUUUUGUGAUAGUUUCGACGAUGUUAUUAAUCAGACCAUCACAAGAAUGCGGGAGAAUACGGCCGAUAUUGAUUUAGAAAUAGACAAAAUUAAAAAAAGUUUCGUGGAUGAGAUUUUCUGUGUUAAUGGCCUAAUUCAUAGGGCGCAGAAAUUGGAGAAGGACUUGCGAGCCACGAAAUUUUUGGAUGAUUUGAUUCAUCUUCUGAAUGGGGAGUUGGAUAAAGUUAGUUUGAGGGAAUCGCCGUUUCGGGUUUUUCUGCAUUCGGGACAAUGCGAUGACCCCAACUUGAUAAUAUGAUAGGAUUUAUUUGUGCUUUGUUGCGAUAAUUAUGAAAUAAACAAGCCCGAUAA